AAAAAAAAAAAAAAAAACAGCUAGGCAGGCAAAGCCAGUCAGCAUCUUAGGCAGCGUAAAACGCGAGAGCGGCGAAUGGGUUUUAUCACGGUAUCGUCUUUGGUAUUCUCCGGCACGGGCGCUCUAUGCAACAGGGAGAGCCGAGGACAUGCUCGCGAAGGGCUUUAAUUUGGGCUCGGGAAGCUGAAGCACACUGCAGCCCGAGCUCGUAGCGGGUUAUUUUUUAUUUUUUUUCACCGGUGUGGGGGGGAUAAGCCAUCUGUGAUACACCAACCGGUGAUUCCGUCGACUGCUAGCUCGCCUUAACCUAGCUAGCUAGCCCUCCUUCUCGAGAGUCCCGUUAGCUUGCGGCGGAAGGCAGCAUCUCGGUCGGAGCAGGGCACGGUGUCUUGUGGACGCUUUGCCUCGAGCACGACCACCUCCCCCGCCAGCUAGGCGCUCCCCCCCACCCCUCUUCUCCCCGAGGCCAUGCUAAAAGGGGCGCUUUUCUUCAAGCGAGCGAGGAAAUCUCCACGCCCUGGGGUCUCGUCUGUGGCUACGGCUUAGCCAGCCCACCAGGAGCGGAGCUCGGGAGAAGGUGGGGCCGUCGACUUGACAACCGGGGGGUCGCCAGCUAAAUGCGGCUAGCCGGCUAAAUUCAGCUUCAGCAGCCUUUUUUAUCAUUUUACCCACUUUCUCCAGGAGGGUUUGAGUUAGCGGCUGCGUGUACCCUAACUUAACAAAGAAAUUAAGCUGACAUUCGCCUACUUCCACGAACCCCCCGUGGGUGGGACUUUCUUCUGGAGAGCAUCCCCGUCUGCCUAGAUGACCAUGGCGGACGACGACGUGCUGUUCGAGGACGUGUACGAGCUGUGCGAGGUGAUCGGCAAGGGGCCCUUCAGCGUGGUGCGGCGCUGCAUCAACAGGGACACGGGCCAGCAGUUCGCCGUUAAGAUCGUGGACGUGGCCAGCUUCACGUCCAGCCCGGGCCUCAGCACGGAAGAUCUGAAGCGCGAGGCCAGCAUCUGCCACAUGCUCAAACACCCCCACAUCGUGGAGCUGCUGGAGACCUACAGCUCCGACGGCAUGCUCUACAUGGUCUUUGAAUUCAUGGAUGGCGCAGACCUCUGUUUCGAGAUCGUGAAGCGAGCCGACGCGGGUUUCGUCUACAGUGAAGCUGUGGCCAGCCACUACAUGCGGCAGAUAUUGGAGGCUCUCAGAUACUGCCAUGACAACAACGUGAUUCAUCGAGAUGUAAAGCCUCAUUGUGUGCUUUUGGCUUCAAAAGAGAACUCGGCUCCAGUGAAGCUGGGAGGAUUUGGAGUUGCAAUACAGCUGGGAGAGUCUGGUUUAGUAGCUGGAGGCCGCGUCGGGACGCCCCACUUCAUGGCCCCGGAGGUGGUGAAGAGGGAGCCGUACGGUAAACCCGUGGACGUGUGGGGGUGCGGAGUCAUCCUCUUCAUCCUGCUCUCCGGCUGCCUGCCGUUCUACGGCACCAAGGAGCGCCUGUUUGAGGCCAUCAUUAAGGGCAAAUAUAAGAUGAACCCUCGGCAGUGGGCUCACAUCUCGGAGAGCGCCAAGGACCUGGUGAGGCGCAUGCUGAUGCUGGACCCCGCGGAGAGAAUCACCGUGUACGAGGCCCUCAACCACCCCUGGCUGAAGGAGAGGGACAGGUACGCCUACAAGAUCCACCUGCCGGAGACGGUGGAGCAGCUGAGGAAGUUCAACGCCAGGAGGAAGCUGAAGGGUGCAGUGCUGGCUGCUGUUUCCAGCCACAAGUUUAACUCCUACUACGGGGACCCCCCCGAGGAGCUGCACGACUUCUCAGAGGACCCCACCUCCUCAGGACUGCUAGCUGCUGAAACAGGGGCAGUGUCGCAGGUUUUGGACAGUCUAGAGGAGAUUCACGCGCUGACGGACUGCAGUGAGAAGGACAUGGACUUCCUGCACAGCGUCUUCCAGGAUCAGCACCUGCACACCCUGUUAGAUCUUUAUGACAAAAUCAACACCAGGUCUUCCCCUCAGAUUAGAAAUCCUCCAAGCGACGGUGUGCAGAGAGCCAAAGAGGUUCUGGAAACCAUCGCCUGCUACCCAGAGAACAUGGAGGCCAAGGAGCUCAGGAGGAUCCUCACACAGCCACACUUCAUGGCUCUACUGCAGACCCACGAUGUGGUGGCCCACGAGGUUUACAGCGACGAGGCCCUGAGGGUCACACCGCCACCGACUUCACCUUAUUUGAACGGAGACUCCCCAGACAGCACCAACGGGGACAUGGACCUGGAGAACGUGACCAGGGUGCGGCUGGUCCAGUUCCAGAAAAACACAGACGAGCCAAUGGGCAUUACUCUCAAAAUGAACGACCUCAACCACUGUAUUGUGGCCCGAAUCAUGCACGGGGGAAUGAUCCACCGACAAGGGACGCUGCACGUCGGAGACGAGAUCCGAGAGAUCAACGGCAUCAGUGUAGCUAAUCAGACGGUAGAGCAGCUUCAGAAGAUGCUGAGGGAAAUGAGAGGCAGCAUCACUUUUAAGAUUGUACCCAGUUACCGCUCCCAGUCCAUGUCAUGUGAGAAAGAGUCGCCAGAUUUGUCCUGCCAGUCGCCUGCAAAUGGCCACGCUAGCGUCACCAGCUCCAUCCUGGACCUGCCUUCGACGAUUCAGCCCAAAGGCCGCCAGAUCUCCAGACCUGCCUUCAAGGACAAAUUGUCCAUCAAGAUUUAUGUACGCGCUCAGUUUGAGUAUGACCCGGCGAAAGACGACCUCAUCCCGUGCAAGGAGGCGGGGAUUCGUUUCCGUGUCGGCGACAUCAUCCAGAUCAUCUCCAAGGACGACCACAACUGGUGGCAGGGGAAGCUGGAGAACACCAAGAACGGCACGGCGGGCCUCAUCCCCUCCCCGGAGCUGCAGGAGUGGCGCGUGGCAUGUAUAGCAAUGGAGAAGACCAAGCAGGAGCAGCAGGCCAGCUGUACCUGGUUUGGCAAGAAGAAGAAGCAGUACAAAGACAAAUACCUGGCCAAGCACAACGCAGUGUUUGAUCAACUAGACCUGGUGACGUACGAGGAGGUCGUCAAGCUGCCGUCAUUCAAGAGGAAAACACUUGUUUUGCUUGGUGCUCAUGGAGUGGGAAGGCGGCACAUCAAGAACACUCUCAUUGCCAAACACCCGGACCGCUUCGCCUAUCCCAUUCCUCACACCACCCGGCCUCCCAAGAAGGACGAGGAGAACGGAAAGAACUACUACUUUGUGUCUCACGACCAGAUGAUGCAAGACAUCAGCAACAAUGAUUACCUGGAAUACGGCAGCCACGAGGACGCCAUGUAUGGAACCAGGCUGGAGACCAUCAGGCAAAUCCAUGCUCAGGGCAUGAUCGCCAUCCUGGACGUGGAGCCGCAGGCUCUAAAGAUCCUGAGGACAGCAGAGUUUGCUCCCUAUGUCGUCUUCAUCGCAGCUCCCAUCAUCACCCCAGGCAUGACUGAGAUCCCAAAGUGGUGCAGGAAGCUGCCUGACGACUCCCUCCAGCGGCUCCAGAAGGAGUCGGAGAUGCUGCAGCGAACCUACGCUCACUACUUCGACCAGACCGUCAUCAACAACGAGAUCGACGACACCAUCCGCCUGCUGGAGGAGGCCGUGGACCUGGUGUCCAGCACCGCCCAGUGGGUCCCCGUCUCCUGGGUCUACUGACAAACGUCCCCCCGUCGGCAGUCCAGCAGCGAGCCUGAACUCUGCCGCUUCCUCGACUCGCGUCUCUCAUUAGUCUCGUUCCUGUAGAUAAAACUGACGUUUCAAAACGGGGGAAAACGAAGAACAGUGACUGCACACUUCAUCCUGCUCAAUAGCCUAAAAGGCUCAUUGACCUGUACCUGUACAUAGGUGUAUAUAGAAAUGAUAAACUACAUGAUUAUGGUUCUGUCCUCAUAGACGAAGGUGGGGAGUGGUGGAGCGGUGUAGUAGAUAUUUUGUAAUUUUCUUUUGUAAUCGAUGGACGGAUGAAAGCGUUGGAAAGGCAAUAGCAAAGCAUGACCAUAAACAGUCCUAUGGGGUUGCCUGUGUGUGUGUGUGUGUUGGCGUGUGUGUGUGUGUGUGUGUGUGUUGGCCUUUUAAAGGCACUUCUUGUGGUACUGUGUUCUCUGACAUCACCCCAGAUCCCCUCGGCGCCUGUGACAAACAAGCCGAUCUUUGAAGCACAUCAGAAGCUGCUACUGUGGCGACAAGUCGACUCCCUGAGCUCUGGGUGCAGGUUUGAUUGAAGGAAAAAGCACUGCAAACAGUUACUUUGCUGCCCCCCCCCCUCCUCCCUCACCAUCUAUUUAUUUCACUGACCCUCUGUGCCUUUCAGCUUGUUGAAGGAGCACACUGCAUCUCUCUGCCGCCGUUUCUUCAUGCCUCCCCCUCGCAACCCGCCCGACGGUCUCUUGUUUACAUCUCGGUUUGCACAAAAUGGACAAUGAAGAGAGAAAACCGUCCGUUAUACCACCUUCGCUUUGAUUUCGCCCGGCCCUCUCUCCCCCCCCCCCCCCCCCGCAACGCAAUCAUGAAGGGACUGAAAACGCCGUCGUUUAGGCACAAUCAGCAGAGGAAAAAAAAGCACCAACGUUAACUUCUAACUAAACUGGGCUCCAAAACUAGAAGAUGACCCAAAACCAAAAGGAGAAAACUGCCUUAUCAGAGCCUGGAGGGGAGGGAGGGAGUGGGGAGGGACGUUCUUACCACCUAUGCACACCCCUGGUUUCUGCCAGGCAGACUGCCACGAUGACUUUCUUCUAGCCCAACAGCGAGCCAUGCUAGUUACAACAAGGUCUAAGUGAAAGAGUAGAGCUUCAAACCCUAAAGCCACUGAUUCAGAACUGUUACCUGUCGUCUUAAAAAAAAAAAAAAAGAAGAAAAAAAAA